UUCCACUCGGUUGACUGAGCCGUUGUACAAUACUCCAGUCAGUAUCUGCACGCCAUUGCGACUGUGAAGUACUGUAUUUCACUUUCCUGUUGCUCACAGUCAGAGGCCUUUUCACACUUUUGAGUUUUUGAAGUCAUAACGACAAGGGGAGAAAAAACGAUGGCUUCGGACUCCUGGGCCCAAGCAGUGGACGAACAAGAGGCGGCGGCGGAAUCAAUUGGAAACCUUCAAUUAAAAGACAAGCCUGGAGAAAACGGAACAUCUAUAACUUCAGCAGGCGGUACUGUUGCAAAGUCAGGAGAUGAGACUUCAGGAGACAAGACGACAGAUGAAGAUGAAAGCGACGAUAAAGCGGCGCAGUCGUUGCUGAACAAGUUGAUCAGAAGUAAUCUUGUCAACAACACAAAUCAAGUUGAAGUGCUUCAAAAGGAUCCCAACUCUCCACUGUACUCUGUCAAAUCUUUUGAGGAGUUGCGACUUAAACCACAGCUCCUCCAGGGUGUCUAUGGCAUGGGUUUUAAUCGGCCCUCCAAAAUCCAGGAAACUGCCUUACCCAUGAUGCUCGCUGAACCUCCACAGAAUCUGAUUGCCCAGUCUCAGUCAGGAACAGGAAAAACCGCUGCCUUUGUCCUCGCCAUGCUCAGCCAUGUCAAUCCUGACAACAAAUAUCCCCAGUGCUUGUGUUUGUCACCCACCUAUGAACUGGCGCUUCAGACCGGCAAAGUGAUUGAGCAGAUGGGUAAAAACUACCCUGAAGUCAAAUUAGUUUAUGCCAUACGAGGAAAUAGGCUGCAACGAGGUGUGAAGCUUCAGGAACAGAUCGUCAUUGGCACACCUGGCACCAUGCUGGACUGGUGCAGCAAGUUGAAGUUCAUCGAUCCCGAGAAGAUUCGGGUGUUCGUGUUGGAUGAGGCUGAUGUCAUGAUCGCAACGCAGGGUCACAAAGACCAGAGUAUCCGCAUCCAGAGAAUGCUGCCCAAAAACUGCCAGAUGUUGCUGUUCUCAGCCACGUUUGAGGAGACUGUGUGGGACUUCGCCAGGCGCAUCGUACCCGACCCAAAUAUCAUCAAAUUAAAAAGAGAGGAGGAGACGCUGGAUACUAUCAAACAGUACUAUGUGCUGUGUAACAGCAAGGAGGAAAAGUUUGAAGCCCUGUGCAACAUCUAUGGUGCCAUCACCAUAGCCCAGGCUAUGAUUUUCUGCCACACAAGGAAGACCGCAGGUUGGCUGGCGGGGGAGCUUUCCAAAGAGAACCACCAGGUGGCGCUGCUCAGUGGGGAGAUGCAAGUGGAGCAGAGGGCCGCAGUCAUUGAACGCUUUCGAGAUGGAAAGGAGAAGGUCCUUGUCACCACAAAUGUCUGUGCCAGAGGAAUUGAUGUGGAGCAGGUAUCAGUGGUGAUCAAUUUCGACCUGCCAGUAGACCAGGACGGUAACCCAGACAACGAGACAUACCUGCACAGGAUUGGCCGCACGGGUCGGUUCGGUAAAAGAGGGCUGGCCAUCAACAUGGUGGACAGCAGAAUGAGUAUGAACAUCCUCAACAGGAUCCAGGAUCAUUUUAAUAAGAAAAUUGAAAAACUAGACACACACGACCUGGAUGAAAUUGAGAAAAUCGCCAACUAAAAGACAUGCGUGCUGAUGAAGUGGACGCCAGCCAGACUUGCUGUCUGUGCUCUGCAAAGACUGUAUGCUUCUUGACGCUGUCUUUUUUUAAGUUUGUAUUUUGUUUUAAGCCGUUGGGGGGCGGGGGAAAAAAGAGCAAAACCACAUUCACUGCACGUUUCCACACAUGAACUUCAGUCUGUGGUACAUACCCCAUUUUACUCUUUUUACUUCAUGAAAUAAAGUUUGAGUUUGUAAUGCUGAAAAAAAAGCAACUCGCCGUGUACAUGAUACUAUCGAUAGACUCCGAAAACCCAAUUUGAUUCUGCUGUUCAUUCAUAUGUAUGAACAGGUUCAAUGAAUGUAUCCUCUUUAGGUCAUUACAGCACUGACAGACUGUAAAAAGGGUGAAGUUCGAUAUGGUGCUGCUGUUGAAUGCGAGUGCGCCAUUUUGGAUGAUGACUGUGAUGGAUGGAUUUAAGGGUCUAUGCAAAUUUAAUGAAUACCUGUGGUCACAUAACAGAAAUGAAUCCCAAAUGAACCUCAACUUAAGUUUCAGGGUGUGGAGCCAAAUGCCAAAACGGCUGCCAAUGGAGAUGGCACACUAUUAAGUCCUCAACAUAUGAACAUUUUAGAUUAUUCUGGGUUCUGCCCAGUGGAGCAUCUCGCACACAAUUUUAUUUUGCGUAUUAAGGCUGCUCAGCUGGAACAUGUCGUUAUUGUUUUCAAACGUUUGUCACGUGAUGCUUAGUUUCUCUCCAGAUUUCGGCUGUUCGGGUCCGAUGUCAUUUUGUCUUGGAAUCGCCUCAAUCAGGGUUGGACUUGUGCUCCAUUACAUUCUUCUUCACAGAAACUGCAAAGUUUUCAAUGAUUGUGCGGGAGUUAAAUACACAAAAGCCUUCCUCAAGUGCAUUAUGUAUACAUAUGGUUUUAUUGAGAAUGCAAAAUAUUGGACUUGACAUGCUGAACGACACUUGAAAUUUUUAUCUAUUGAACUCUUAAACCAAAUGCUGAAUUAAUUUGAGGACCUAUGCCAAUCAGAUUUACUGUGUUACAACACGGUUGCAUGAUAAGACGACGUGUACUUGUGUACACAUUUAAAACUCUUCGGAACAAAUUGUGUGACAGAUUUAUUGAUGUCACUUCUGAGAAGUGCAAAAAAAAAAACAUUCCUCAUGAGGUUCAACUUUGACUGCCGCGACAUUUGAGAGAGAGGGGAAAAAAAUAGGCUGUGUGUCCUUUUAACUUGUGAGAUCAGUCCUCUGGGGCAUUAAACCACAGAGAAUGGUCAGUUUGAACCUUGAACAAACCUCAUUUGGUCCACACUGACCGGUGGCGGUGGUACACUUCUAGUCAUGGACUAUUUGCAGAAAAUAUAUUUGGUGCAUCCAAAUUCAAGGCUCGCAACUGAGUGAUAAAUAUCCAUGUGGAUCAUCUGUGAGAACAAAAGCGUCUCUGCUUUCAUUUGGAUGCACAGUAUACAUAGUGGAUGUGUGUGCACUUUCUAUGUGGUCUACCACUAUUUCGACGCGCACACAGCGGUUGCACUCCACAUGUUGUAAACCUUGUUUGAUAUAAAAAGCUACCCUGUGUUCGUGUACACACAGUAAGUAGUCGUAAAAAGUAACGUGCUUAGAACAAGGUAGGCUCAAUGUGGGUUGGUGUUUGGUCGAUAAGCUGAGCUGCAUUCGCGGACACAGUUAUGUAUUCGUUGGAAUAAAAAUGUGUAGGUGGUCA